AUGGCAUCACCACCGCACCGUCUCUUCCAACCACUGCUGCUGCUUCUGUUGCUGUGGUCUCCCUGUAGUGUGCCACGCAGCGGUGUGGUGCGGACUGGUGGGCCAAAUCGCGUGCUACUUAACUCGCCUCGGCGUCGAGCGGGCUCAAAUGAUGAGUCCAGUGCCAGCACAGUCGACACCAAGAGAGCGGCAGUUUUCGAGCUACAGGACCUUGAAAUAUGGCACUUUGGCGGAUCAAGUUGGUGACCUCUGGCUGCCAGAAGAUCCGGAAGCUCUGGUGGUGCUGAUUCAUGGUGGCUUUUGGCUGCCGCAAUAUGGGAAGGAUCUCAUGUCCAAGCUCGCCUCUGACGUGGUGUCCCGUCGCUGGGCUUGCUGGAACCUGGAAUAUCGUCGCGUCGCGGGACCCGGUUGGAAGGACUUCAACUCCACGCUGCAGGAUAUCACUGCGGCCCUGCACUUCCUGAAGUCGCCGGACUUCCCACAGGGCCUUCCAGUGGCGCUGGUGGGGCAUUCUGCCGGAGGUCAUUUGGCGCUCUGGUCGCAACUGUCGCCUGGCGCCUCGCCGGAGCCCUGCGCUGUGAUCAGCGCAGGGGGCGUCCUGGACCUGUGCUAUGCGGACGAGGAGGCGCUGGGCGGUGGUGCUGGAGCUGUGGCACGCUUCUUGGGGUAUCGCGACGUGAGUUCGUUGAAGCGAGAAGUGUCGCCUAUCGACAUGUUGCCGCCCUGCCGGGUGAAUUCCCUGCCUCCAGAGGAAGCAUCACGUGGCACGGUGCCUCGAGCGCGGAUAGGACUGGUGCAUGGGAAACGUGAUGACGUGGUUCCCCCUGAGCAGAGCGUUCGCUUUUUGGUCUCCUCUACCUGCGCCAGGGUGCCCUGUGAGCUCCACAUGGCCUUGGACGAAGGCCAUUACGAGGUUUUAGACCCGAAGUCCGUUUCUUGGAGAGCGGUGAUUUCCAUGGCAGCUCAGUCUGCGAAAACGGCGGCGGCACCGGAAACCCUGGGGAUUCUGCGGAAAGGUCAAGGAGUCCCUUGCCGCGCCACGUGUCGCCCAAGCGGUUCCGUUGCAGACACAGCGGGAGGAGCAAGGCGAUGAGUGGAUUUUCCGCAGCCGACCGGUGAGUUAAGGAGGUUCCUGGAUUUUGAGAGGACAAAACUGGAGCCCCCCACUCUUGUCUACGAGCACUAUCAGAUGAUCUCGAAGGAGCAGAUCCAACGGACUUCCGCUCCAAGUCGUCCUGAAGAUGCGAGGCCGAUCCAACGGCGUCCUAUGACUACCAGUUGGGAGGCGUCAGCUGUGCCGUGCCCCUUUGGAAUCGGGGCUUCAAAUUUCCAUGCGUAAAGUGAAAACAACAUGAGGCUGAAAGGCCGGACCUUGCGGGGAAGGAAAA